AGGAAGAUGCUGCAGGGCGCAAAGAUCUCUUCCAUGGCUGGGACCAAGAGAUCUAUCACAAUGUGCCAUUCUGCUCCGAUAAUCUGGAUUUGUGUUGCUCUAUUGUGUCAAAGUAUCUGUGCUCAGCAGUUCCCCAUUCACAAUCAGCUGCACCAUCAUGAGCGGUAUUGGUACCAGACCGGAGUGGAUCAAAUCCCAGUUAUCAGUGGAGGGACUUGCAAGGUGAUCGCUGUCCGUCGCUGUUGCAACCGCAACCACAUUGAAGAACGGUCGCAAACCAUCCAGUGUUCCUGCCUUCCAGGGAAAGUGGCUGGGACAACCAGGGGCAAGCCUUCUUGUGUGGAUACCUCCAUUGUGACAGGAAAGUGGUGGUGCGACAUGGAGCCCUGCCUGGUUGGAGAAGAGUGCAAAGCAUUGCCAGAUAAUUCAGGCUGGAUGUGCUCACUAGGGAACCGUGUCAAAACUACCAAGGUACCAGUCCUCCCCAUCCCUCUCAAAGGUGAAACCCCUGCAAGGCACAAUUGGGUACACCUUCCUUCUUCCUUUUUAGGCAAACACAUUUUUAACCUGCCUUACAGGCCUGUGUGGGUUUUAGCCAGUUGGCCCCAAAGGACAAGGAGAUGAGGCUUACUCCAUCCCAUCCUCUAUUAAUCACUUGGCCUGG